UUGGUCACAGUCUGCGGACUCAUUCUUCGAGAGUUUUUACGGUUUGAAGAUCUGGAGAAAGAGGUGUUCACACAAUUCACACAAAAGCCCACAAACGGACAGAAACUUUAUCUCAAUUUUCUUGACUUUUUGAUAAAAAGCGAUUCGUUUGCCAUCUCUUCCGAUGUUUUCGCCACUCUUCGGGAACUGUUUGCUCGACACAAGACUGUGGCGAAGAAAGCUUUGCAAACGGAUUACGAGAUAUUUGUGCCGAAAUUCAAUCAAUUGUUAACCAAAGAUGACUAUUAUAUCCGCCGGAAAGCCAUUAGACUAUUGUCGGACCUGUUGUACGAUAGGAGUCAUCAGACAGUUAUGAAACGAUACGUGGAUUCUGUGGACAACUUGAAGAUAAUAAAGACACUGAUGGACAGCGACUGUCUGUACGUGUCUUUCGACGCGUUUCUUGUGUUUCACGCGUUUGUAGUUCACCCUAAUAAGAGUGAAUCAGUGGACAAAUAUAUGGACCAAAAUAAAGAUCGCAAAGAUAUGAAACUCUAUGUCCAGGAAAAGGCAAAUAUGAUUAGACCGUUAAAUGGCGAGCCAUUGACUAAAGAGCCCUCUGACCCUGAUCAUUUGAAUAUCAUAGGAAAGGCUAUCAAACAUUGUAUAUGGAGGAUGCACCCAUUUAUGCAUACAUAUAAUUAUGAGAAAAAGGGGUUCGCAGACCCCCCGACUGACUAUUAUCUCAGACCCUACUACCUGGCCAUGGAUUCCAAGACUAAGGAAUAUUGCUACUUAGAUCGAGUGGAACUGGAGGUUGAGGUUCGGAGACAUACGACAGACACUGCAAAGUAUGAGGAAAGGCUGCCUUUUAUGCACAUAUAUGUCCCCCAGAGAUACCGUUCCCGCAAUCUGACGGUUAAUGAGCACCGGCUCACCACUCCUUUUGACAUACACUCAACCCUUAAGCAUAUACUCGAAGGUAAAACCAAUACUACUUUAAAAUAUGGAUUAUCCCUAUUGGAGGAGAUCCCAUACAACAGGAGCUGUGAUAGUAUACACAUAUUAGAGGACUGGUGUGUCUGUCAUAUAAGUCGACGCAUACAUCACUUACAACAGCGUUAGACCUACGGCUGAGUUUGUGGUCACAAAACUCAAUGACUUACUGCACGAC